GCGCAUCGCAAAGUAUGGUGCCGCGCAUAUCUGGGCACGCGGAGGAAGCUGCUGGGCAGGUGAUUAAAGCGGCCAUCCGUGUCAACAGCCGCCACACAGCAAGAACGUGCUCCAUCACGACAUGGUGGGCUCUUCAGCCCUGCUCCUGCCGCUCCGCCGCCAGCCAAGCCGCCAGCCGUCAAACAGGGGUCAAGUGCGGGGAUUGACAUGGUGUUAUUGCAAGGUUCCAGCGCUGUCCUCGGAGUGUUCUCGGAGUAUAAUUGAAGAUGCCUUAAAGCUCGAGACUGACAAUGCGAAGUCGAGGAAGUGUUCUGAGAAUGCGGCGAAACGCCGGAUGCAAAGCGCGGUUGAGGAGGGGCGUUGCUGAGGGGUUCCAGCUCAGCAUAAGGCCGGAUGGGCAGGGCGCCAGCAGAGAAGGGUUGAUGGUGAAGAGCGGGAAGUUUUGGUAGUCUC